CUGAAGAGGUUUUAUUUUCUUCCACAAUGCCUUCAAAAACUCGUCGUCCUCACAGAAGCUCCCGAGGUGUGGGGGUGUUGAUAUCGAUGGCAGCUGCUGUGCUCUUCGUUGCUAAUUACACCUUAGCCUUCCUACUACCAUCGAGCAGUAGUACUACUCAGAGUGCUUAUCAGACUGAUCUCAGCAGGUCGGGUACGAUGCUCCGCUCGGGCGUACCAGUUGGUGCUUCACCUUCCCGUAUGGAUGUCGAUUACCGCCCUAUAGGGAUGUUGGUACUCGGCGUGACCUUGGCAUCACUCUUGGCGGCAUCUGUGCAUAGGAGGAAGUCCGGCAAGACUCUCAAGAGCAGCGGCUUGGCACGUCGUGCUGUGGCUGGGGUUAGUGCAAUUGGCAGAUUCGACCCUGGUCCGAUAAUGGCCGCGGCAGACUUGCCGUACUGUAAGGGCGUCGACCAUCCUAUACGUCGUAAAACUCGUACUGUUAUGGUCGGAAACGUGCCAGUUGGCAGUGAGCACCGACUGGCUCUGCAGACUAUGAGCAAUAGCAGUACAGAUGAUGUGGAUGCGACUGUUAAACAGAUAGAACGAUGCGCUGAUGCUGGUAUUGAUAUUGUGCGGGUGACGGUACAAGGCAUCAAGGAAGCUCAUGCUACUAAGUUGAUAAAAGAGAGGUUAUUGAAGGAUGGCUACACUACACCCAUAGUCGCUGACAUACAUUUCAAACCUAAGGUUGCAAUGUUGGCCGCGGAAGCUUGCGAUAAGAUACGUAUAAAUCCGGGUAACUUUAUCGAUGGUAUGAAGACCUUUGAUAAGAUCACUGAGGUAACGCCAGAAAUCGCAGCCGAAUGGCAAGAGGAGAUGUUCAAGACGUUAAAGCCUCUUGUUGAGUCUUUGAAGCGUCAAGGGAAGUGUAUGAGGAUAGGAGUGAACCAUGGCAGUCUUUCGGAACGUAUUCUUACGCAGUAUGGUGACACGCCAGAGGGUAUGGUUGCUAGCGCCCUUGAGGUUGGCCUCAUGUGCCGUGCAUUGGAUUUCCACAACAUCAUAUUUAGCAUGAAGUCCUCCAAUACGCGGGUGAUGGUAGCAGCAUAUAGGCUGUUAGCAGCAGAGAUGGAGAAACGUGGUUGGGACUAUCCCCUGCAUCUUGGGGUUACUGAAGCUGGUGGAGGCAGUGAUGGACGGAUAAAAUCAGCCAUCGGUAUCGGCGCGUUGCUCCAAGAUGGACUAGGGGAUACUGUCCGAGUUAGCCUCACUGAAGACCCCUGGCAUGAAGUGGGGCCGUGUUCGGCUCUUCGUGAUGUGUAUGAGGAGUCGCUAAAGGCCAGGCCGAAGCACACCAGUAGCAAUCGCUCUUCUGCUGGGGCUGCUGUUGCCGAUGUGGACCCCUAUCACUUCGCUAAGCGGGAGAUCGAUACUAGCGCUAUUGAUGCACCACUUCAUAAGGAUGGGAGUUUGAUCCUCCGAUACUCGCCUGAGGAAGCCAAGAAGAAUUUGAAAGAAUAUAUGACGAAGGGCCUGGGUUUGAAACUCCGCAAGGAUGGACGAUAUCAGAAGGACAUUGGGUCGGUGGAUGUAUUAUUGGUGGAGAAUGAAACUGACGCUGAUAUGGAUGUGUUGAAAGCUGUACAAGAAACGGGAGUGGUCAUUUUGGGCACGAAGAAUAUAUUGCCGGGCAGCACAUUGCUGGUAUCUGAGCCGUCGAUGUUGGACUCGGUGAAUCCUGCUCGAGCUGGUGGCUGUGCGUGUAUUGUUAGGAGCAGUGAGGAUGUGGACAAGGUGUUGGGUCAUCCUAAGAAGGGCGCUGUGAGAUUCUUGAUCUUCAAGCCUGACUCAGCGGCAUGUCGAGUGCAUGCUGGCCGCCAAGUAGCCAGGGCAGUGAGGAAGUCUAGGUUGCCUCUACUGGUGUGGUUUACGUAUCCUGAGGGGGACUCUAAAGCUAAGGCCGGAUCGGACGCUGCAGUUAUUCUGGGAGCUUCUGAGUUUGGCAGCUUAUUUGUUGAUGGGCUUGGCGAUGGCAUCUUUUGGGACGAUCGCGGGCUGACCACCGAGGAAACGAGGGACGUGGGACUCAACUUGAUGCAGGGGUCGAGGAUGCGUUUGAGCAAGACAGAGUUCAUAUCCUGUCCGAGCUGUGGGAGAACGCUGUUCGACCUUCAGGACACCACGGAGAGGAUUCGGAAGAAGACUGGCCAUCUGUCGGGACUGCGUAUAGCCGUUAUGGGAUGUGUAGUGAACGGACCGGGGGAGAUGGCUGAUGCUGACUUUGGCUACGUUGGCAGCUUGCCUGGAAAGGUUGACCUCUAUGUUGGUAAGCAGUGUGUGAGGAGAGCAGUGGACUAUGAUAAAGCUGAGGAUGUCUUGGUGGAUUUGAUCAAGUCGGAGGGCCUGUGGGUGGAUCCUCCGGAGCCAAACCCGAGUAGUUAA